AUGGGUGUUGCUCUUCCUAAGGGUCUUGUUGAAGGCAAUGGUAUGUACGUCUUGGGUUUCUAUGCUCUUGCUUUUGGUCUUGGUUUGCCUUAUUUUAUUGCUCAAUGGUGGUAUAAAUCACGUCGUCUUACUAAAGAUAAGAUCUUGAACAGAACCAUGGGCGUUUUUGUAAAGGGACUGAAAGAAAAUGAUGGAUUUAAAGAAAUCAUUCGUGUUUUGUCUGGUGCUAUCGAAUUCAAGGAAGAGGCUGAUGUGCGUCCAGGUGAAGAAAAGGCACUCAAGAGUAUCAACAGUGCUAUUGCUGAAGAACUCGAGAACAGAUUGGGUGAGAAAUUCGAUCGUCUCUCAGAUGCUGUCCCUGCCUUUAGUCGCAAAGCCCGUACGCUUAUCUAUGCUUAUCUCCUUCGUAUUGAUCUUGAAUCCAAGGGCGCCACCAAAGCUCUGGUCGAAGACCAACAGUUCAUUGUUGACAAAUCCAUUCAUCUUUUGCAAGGACUCUUACAAAUCGCUACUGUGAAGCAAUGGUUAAGCAGCACAUGUGAGUUGAUGGAAUUGCAACAACACUUUUUGCAAGCUACUUAUCCUGGCGAACCCAGUGUUAAGCAAUUGCCUCAUAUUUCCAACGCUCUCUUGCGUCGUCACUAUCGUAACAAGAAAGUCAAUGUCACUAGUGUCCAACAAGUCUGUGACAUGUCUGAAGAUGAACGUAAACAAUUCUUAAAGUCUGUUUCUGAUGAUGAAUAUCUUGAUAUUGUGGAAGUUGCCAACCGUAUUCCUAAAUUGUCUGUUCAAAAGGCUGUCUUUAAGGUGAUUGGGGAUAACAUUGUGACUACAGGCGCUAUCAUUACGUUUAUCUUGAAAUUGAAGAAUGGCAAGGUAACUAGCAUGGAAGUCACGAAUGAAAAGGAAGAAGAACAGGAUGAAGCUAUUAUUAAUCCUGACGAUGAAAAGAAGAACAAUGGCCCAUCUUUACCUAUGGCUCACACACCUUAUUAUGCUGGAGAAAAGAAGCCUUGUUGGUGGAUCUUUUUGGGUGAUCCCAAAGUGAACCGUAUCUUGGUCCCUCACAAAAAAGUGACUGAUAUUGUUGAUGAACAAACUGUCAAGAUUCCUUUCCCUGGUCCACCCAAGCCUGGUGUAUACACCUUCUCUUUGUAUGUCAAGUCAGAUACUUAUGUUGGCACUGAUAUUUUACAAGAUGUUAAGCUCAAAGUACAAGAUCCUGCUGAUCUCCCUGAAGAAGAAGAAGUGGAUGACUCUAUCUCUGAACCUGAAGAAGAUUCUAUUGCUGGCCAAAUGAAAUUAAUGCGUGAACAAGGUUUUGCUUCUGCUUUGGCUGGUGGUUCAAGCAAAGACAAGAAAGACAAGAAAGACAAGCAUGAUUCUGACUCUGACUCUGAUUCUGAUUCUGAUUCUGAUUCUGAUGAUGCCGAUUAUGUUACUGAAUCUGACUCUGAUUAGAUACAUUUUUUAUAUAAUAUACACAAAAAAAAAAAAAA